UCCAUGCAGUAUUAGUCUUCACGAGAACGAGUAACCUGUCGUAUCUUUUAUCUCUCUAUCGUUGAGUAUCACGUUCAUCAGCAAUAAAGACGUUUUCGCGAACUCUUCUCCUUCGAUCAGCGCGGUUGACAGUAGUUCUUGGACGUCGUCGUUUUGUGAAAAAUCUCGAGCGAAAAGGAAACGUUUCGAGGGAACGUUUCAAGGCAAAUUGGUACUUGAUCAUUCAAGUUUCAGCGUGCUAAUCAAAACUGGAUCGACAAGUAUGAAGAUCGCCACAACCUUAUUCUUCUUCGUAGUUGUUGGAUGCACGUGGCGGGACACACUAGCACAAUGCGUGUUUCAAUCGGACUUUGGUUUUGCGCUUAACUGUGCCUUCAAAAAAUCUGGCCUCUUUCGAGUGCGAAAUCUUGGAGGCGUCAAAGGCUACGUCGGCCUGGGAUUUUCCUUGGGCGACGAACUUGGAUUUAGCCAGUCGCUGUCUAAUGUAGAAGCUGCCAAAAGGAGAAGUGUUCAAACUGGAAGAGGUGGUGUACCAGCUUAUAGUAAUACGGCUUCCAACCGUGAUGAUAGUAAACAGCACUCGCAAAACACUCGCCAAGUGGUGCCUCCGUUUAAACCUUUACCACCUGGAGCAGCGAGACCCAUUGCUCAGCAGCCGGAACGUCAAAAGUUGGUGGUUGCUCAACAAAAUUCCACAGUACUCAGAACUGUGCCAGCACCAUCAUUGUCAAACUUAGCAAACCAACAGGAUUUACUGAGACAGCAGCAGCUGGUGCAGGAAGCAAAACAGAGACAGCAACUGAAAUUACAGCAAGAAGCAUUUGCGAUGCAAAUGCUGAAACAACAGAGAUUACAACAACAAGAGGCUAUGAGGCAGCAACAGCUGCAGAAACUACAACAACAGAAACAACAACAAAUGGCAACGCAGCAAGUAAAGAGGCAUCACCAGGUAGCUCCGAUGCAAGUGAAAAGGGAUCAAAUGCCGCAGGCGAUGGCAAUUGCAGCUGGAGUACCAGGAAAAAUGCCAAACAUUGUUGCUGCAAUUCCACCACCGAGUAGCAUUGUACAACCAGACGCUGUAAGAAAGUCAGCGUCGUCGAAUAACGCUUUACCCCCUUUCAUCUCAAUGCCACAAUCAUCUUCGCAGUUGACCGAUCGAAUUAGCAACAAUCCCACCAUUUUAGAAGAUUCUGAUAACGAGGUGUCGAAGGAUGACUUUAAUCAGCUGCCCUUGCCAGGAGAUGAAGCCGCUUCUUCUGUCAACGAGAUGACUUUACUUUCUCUUCAGCCCAUGGGAGCCGAAUCAAGCCAGUCGCAACAACAAAAUGACAAGCGACAACCGCAGUCAUCAUCAUUACCAACCUCAUUACCGCAAUUAGCACCUAUUCAAGGGAUGGAGACAUCUCUGAAAGCAUUGGCGGAAGCCAGUAAUAUUACCCUGGAAGCUUUAGAAGCGGCAAUUCUUCUUAGACAACAACAACUCCUACGAAAACAGCAAGGACCUACUAGUACAAGCACAACUACAACUACAACUAUGUCGCCAAACAAGAGUAAACCUAAUACUGGAGCGACCAAAGUAAUGAACGCACCGCGAGAAUAUUAUCCGAUGGGUUACGAUAAGAACUUCGAUGACAAUUUUGCUAGCCGCGUAGAUCUUCCAGACACGAGCUUUUAUUGUGGCGAUCAGAAACAUUUCCCAGGUCUUUAUGCUGACGAAGAUCUUGGGUGCAUGGUGUUUCAUGUCUGCGCAUUGACAGAUGAUGGACUGAUCAUGAAGAGCUUUCUCUGUCCUGAAUCAACAUUAUUCGAUCAAACGAUUCUGAAAUGCAACUGGUGGUUCUACGUGGAUUGCAAAGCAUCGAGAAGCUUAUACGAUAGCAAUAUUCCGAUUAGCAAAAGUUAUCAGUUGAUGAAAGCACUUGCAUUUUUCUCAGCGUACAAAAAUCAUGACAAUAGUACAACUGUUACUCAAGAAAAUUCGGAGACGGACAGUUCCUGAACUGACUAUAAAGAAAUUGGAUCCUUACCUUUAAUUUACUAGUUCAAUGUCUUCAGAACUUUUAAUCGGUUCUACGAUUGCCAAUUCGCGUUCCUUUAAGUCAUUAAGUCUUGGAUUAUUUAAAACUAGUUUCAUAUAUGUAAUGACUAAUUUUCAUUAUUUAUGUUAAAGUUGUGAAAGGGUAAUUUUGUAAUUUUUUCUACUUUGAGUCAGUAUCCUAACGGAUUAAAAAAAAAUUUCUCGUAAGCUGAUAUAGGAUGUGGGAUAUUGGGACUUAGAAGAUGGUUCUUCAAAAUUCUUUUACAAUGUGACAAUACUUUCUAAUAGUUGUUGACGUUACUAUCUUAAGCAAUAAGUGUGUACAUAUAUAAUUUAUGUUAGAUUGUAAUAAGCGUAAUGAACAAUUUUUUAAUGAUAUUGUUGUACAUAGUUUUGUAUUAGUUUCCUCGUUGAUACAACUUACCUAAUAAUAAUUUUAUUUUCAUGU